AGAAAGUAGUGUAGGGUGGAGAGCGCCGUUUUAAACUGAAACCCUAAUUUUGGAACAUCUGAUCGACUGUCAUGGAAUUCACAUAGAUACAUUGAUAUAUAUCAAAACCCUUCACUUAGUUGUUGUUGUUGUUGAGAAAUGGCGCAGGGUAGCAGCGAUGGAGAAGAAGACCCAAUUCCAAACGACAUAUUCCUUACUUGUCAGUCAUGCACGGCGGAAACAACCACCGGAAUCCAGCUUCCUACUCUUCCCUUCGAUGUCUUGCCUGAGAUUCUUUGUAGGCUUCCCAUGAAAUUACUCGGACAGCUUCGGUGCCUCUGCAAGUCCUUCAAUUCUCUUAUUUCUGAUCCAAAAUUCGCAAAAAAACAUCUUCAAUUGUCAACAAAGCGCCAUCACCUCAUGUUAACAUGCCUCAGCAUCACAAGUGAGUGGCUUCUAUAUGAAUCCCCAAUUUCAUCGAUUUUAUCUACUUCUACGGUUUUUACACAGACACAACUUUACCCUCCCAAUAGUAUCAGAAUUAGACGCAACUAUGUGGACUUAACGUGCUCUUGCGAUGGCAUCUUUUGUGGUGAGCUCAAUCUUCUUGGUUGUUAUUUUUUGUGGAACCCUUCUAUUAGGAAAUUUAAGUUAUUGCCUCCUUCGGGAAAUUCCUGCGAAGGUCAUCCGUUUUUCAUAAGUUUUGGGUAUGAUCAUUUCAUUGAUAAUUAUAAGCUCAUUUCUGUUUCUACAAAAAAUGAAGUUAGUGUUUAUACUUUGGGGACUGAUUAUUGGACAAGAAUAGAGGACAUCCCAAAUAAUUACCACAUCCAUCAUUCUGGAACAUUUGUGAGUGGCACUGUUAAUUGGUUUGCAAUGGAUGAUUCAAGUAUGCAUUUCAUUCUUUCUCUUGAUUUAGUAAAAGAGUCAUAUCAACAUCUUUUGCUACCUAAUUCCAAGAUUGAUUGGUCGAUGUUGGGUUUGGUGAGGGGUUGCUUGUGUGUCUUUGCAAGUAGUGAUAUGUAUAUGGAUGUUUGGAUUAUGAAGGAGUACGGAGAUCAAGAGUCUUGGACUAAAUUGUACAUUGUUCCUAACAUACAAGAUCAGGGUGUCAAAGCCUAUAAAGCUUUAUAUAUUUCUGACGAUGACCAACUGUUGGUAGAGUUUAAGAAAUUGCAAAGUAACAGUAUCAAGUUGGUUGUUUAUGAUUCCAAGACCGGUACUUUGAAUAUUCCUGAGUUUCAAAACAACUAUAAACAGGUAGCCUCAAAUGUCUACAUUGAGAGUUUGAUAUCACCUUAGGCACGGAUUCAAAUGCAACAUUGAUAUGGUUGGUCGUGUUUGUUCAUUUCAUUAGAAGGGUUAUUCACUAGCUGGCUGAAUUGCUUAGGUUCAUUUUGUGGUCUGGAGUAUUGCUGAAGAUGGCGGUGAAAAAGGAUCGUAGUUUUAGGGUCGUGGAAUUUUUAAGUUUAUUUUGAUUAUUUACUAUGUAGUAAAACUAGAUGAGGUGAAAAAACUAUAUGUUCUGUAUAGACAAGCUAAACUUGUCUCUGGUUUGGAGUUGUGAGUUUUUUUUAUCUUUGCCAUUGAUAGUGGUCUGCCAUUGUCAAGGCAUAUUUGUCUUGUUGCUUAAAGGAACAGUUUUGGUGGUUAUGCUUUGGGAUGUUUUUUUUUUCUAUAUUGUUUUGGUGUAUUUUGGAGAUUUGGUCUCUAUUUUAUUUUGCUUUAAAAUUUUAUUGU